ACAACACCGGAAGAACACACGACUCAGACACUCAAAACAUCAACAAGAACAACACAAAGAUCCUCGACUUCGAAGACGACUGUACAUACACCUACACCUGGAGGAUCUGCUUUACCACUCACAGAAUCUCUGCCACCAUUUACAAUGCCGCCUUUCACAUCCCCAACUGUUUCUACUACUACUCCAAAAGGAUCCACUACAACGAAGUUUUCCACAACUGUCAAGACUCAGUCAACUACACCUUGCACUUACGUAAUGCCUUUCCCGAAGAUAUCAUACUCCUCCUCAAGUGAUGAGCAAACAUCGGCAAAAUCAGCAAGUUCUGAGGCGGACUCUCAUGAAUCCUGGACCCCAAACAAACAUGACAGCAACCCAUACAUACAAUUCCAGUUCCCUCCAGGGAAUGAAGUUAUUGGUAUACAAAUCAAGGGCAAGCAAGAAAAGAAUGAGUGGGUUACAAAAUUCACAAUUUCCUACAGUGUUGAUGGAAUUGUAUGGAUUCCACUAAACAAGAUAUUUGACGGCAACUCUGAGGGACACCAGGACACCAUCAUUUAUUUCAGCCCAUCUAUCCCAUCCAAUGCUGCUUAUGUCCGUGUUUAUCCUAUUGAAUAUCAUGAGCACAUCAGCUUAUUUGUUCAACUUCUCCAAGCCUGUCACCCUGAGGCUUCCACAUCUGCACAUGUAUCUUCAAGCAAACCUCCAGUCUCUCCUACUACUCCAAAAGAAAGCACGACCACAAAGUUUUCCACAACUGUCAAGACUCAGUCAACGACACCUUGCACUUACGUAAUGCCUUUCCCGAAGAUAUCAUACUCCUCCUCAAGUGAUGAGCAAACAUCGGCAAAAUCAGCAAGUUCUGAGGCGGACUCUCAUGAAUCCUGGACCCCAAACAAACAUGACAGCAACCCAUACAUACAAUUCCAGUUCCCUCCAGGGAAUGAAGUUAUUGGUAUACAAAUCAAGGGCAAGCAAGAAAAGAAUGAGUGGGUUACAAAAUUCACAAUUUCCUACAGUGUUGAUGGAAUUGUAUGGAUUCCACUAAACAAGAUAUUUGACGGCAACUCUGAGGGACACCAGGACACCAUCAUUUAUUUCAGCCCAUCUAUCCCAUCCAAUGCUGCUUAUGUCCGUGUUUAUCCUAUUGAAUAUCAUGAGCACAUCAGCUUAUUUGUUCAACUUCUACAAGCCUGUCACCCUAAGGAUACAUCAACAGCUGUGCCAACAACAACUGCUUGUGUAAAGCCAAUGGGCAUCAAAGAAUUCACAGCCACAUCCUCAAGGAGUUUGGAAGAAGGGCCCAGCAGUGCCCCCCUGUACUCUGAGCAUGCAUGGGCUGCUGCUGUUAACAGCGAAUUCCAGUACCUGGAAUUAAUACUACCUUCAUCGAGAAAUAUAUUUGCCAUAACCACACAAGGCAAUCCAAAUGCUGAUGAGUGGGUUGAAUCCUACAAAGUCUCUUACAGCAAUGAUGGUAUCAACUGGAAUACCAUCGCUCAGGUGUUUCCGGGCAACCAGGACAGGAACUCGCUUAAGACAAAUUACAUAAGUCCUUCAGAGCCUCUGUACAUCAGCUAUAUCCGUAUUAUCCCUGUUAGUUGGCAUAACCACAUAAGCUUGCGCGUGGAGGUGCUUGGAGAAUGCAUCACAGAUACUCCUACGACGACUGGUACGACGACUGGUACCACGACUGGUACGACGACUGGUACGACGACUGGUACUACCUCAUCUACCACAAGGCUGUGUCCAUCGGGCUCCGAGUGGAGCAUGUGCAUAACGGCCUGCGAAAAGAUGUGCCAGGGCAUGCAAUACUACUUUGGGCAGUGCCAGCCCCCGCACAUGGCUCCCUGUAUCCCUGGAUGCACAAGUCCAGAAUGCGGUCCAGGAGAGCUUAAGGCUGACCUGACCACAUGUGUGCAGAUACAGGACUGCGUUUGCAGAUUGCCCGAUGGGACUGUGGUUCCUCCUGCUGGGUCUGUGACCACACCAGAUGGACAAAGAUGCACAUGCUUUGGAAAUCAACUUAUCUGCACACAAUCAACAACGUCACCACCUCCAACAUCAACAUCACCACCACCAACAACGUCACCACCUCCAACAUCAACAUCACCACCACCAACAACGUCACCACCUCCAACAUCAACAUCACCAACACCUCCAACAUCAACAUCACCACCUCCAACAUCAACAUCACCACCACCUCCAACAUCAACAUCACCACCACCUCCAACAUCAACAACGUCACCACCACCUCCAACAUCAACAACGUCACCACCACCUCCAACAUCAACAACGUCGCCACCACCUCCAACAUCAACAACGUCGCCACCACCUCCAACAUCAACAACGCCGCCACCACCUCCAACAUCAACAACGCCGCCACCACCUCCAACAUCAACAACGUCGCCACCACCUCCAACAUCAACAACGCCACCACCACCUCCAACAUCAACAUCACCACCACCUCCAACAUCAACAACGUCACCACCACCUCCAACAUCAACAACGCCGCCACCACCUCCAACAUCAACAACGUCGCCACCACCUCCAACAUCAACAACGCCACCACCACCUCCAACAUCAACAUCACCACCACCUCCAACAUCAACAACGUCACCACCACCUCCAACAUCAACAACGUCACCACCACCUCCAACAUCAACAACGUCGCCACCACCUCCAACAUCAACAACGUCGCCACCACCUCCAACAUCAACAACGCCGCCACCACCUCCAACAUCAACAACGCCGCCACCACCUCCAACAUCAACAACGUCGCCACCACCUCCAACAUCAACAACGCCACCACCACCUCCAACAUCAACAUCACCACCACCUCCAACAUCAACAACGUCACCACCACCUCCAACAUCAACAACGCCACCACCACCUCCAACAUCAACGUCACCACCACCUCCAACAUCAACAACGCCACCACCACCUCCAACAUCAACGUCACCACCACCUCCAACAUCAACAUCACCAACACCUCCAACAUCAACAUCACCACCUCCAACAUCAACAUCACCACCACCUCCAACAUCAACAUCACCACCACCUCCAACAUCAACAACGUCACCACCACCUCCAACAUCAACAACGUCACCACCACCUCCAACAUCAACAACGUCGCCACCACCUCCAACAUCAACAACGUCGCCACCACCUCCAACAUCAACAACGCCGCCACCACCUCCAACAUCAACAACGCCGCCACCACCUCCAACAUCAACAACGUCGCCACCACCUCCAACAUCAACAACGCUACCACCACCUCCAACAUCAACAUCACCACCACCUCCAACAUCAACAACGUCACCACCACCUCCAACAUCAACAACGCCACCACCACCUCCAACAUCAACGUCACCACCACCUCCAACAUCAACAACAUCACCACCACCUCCAACAUCAACAACGUCACCACCACCUCCAACAUCAACAACAUCACCACCACCUCCAACAUCAACAACGUCACCACCACCUCCAACAUCAACAACGCCACCACCACCUCCAACAUCAACGUCACCACCACCUCCAACAUCAACAACGCCGCCACCACCUCCAACAUCAACAACGCCGCCACCACCUCCAACAUCAACAACGCCACCACCUCCAACAUCAACAACGUCACCACCACCUCCAACAUCAACAACGUCACCACCACCUCCAACAUCAACAACGUCGCCACCACCUCCAACAUCAACAACGUCGCCACCACCUCCAACAUCAACAACGCCGCCACCACCUCCAACAUCAACAACGCCGCCACCACCUCCAACAUCAACAACGUCGCCACCACCUCCAACAUCAACAACGCUACCACCACCUCCAACAUCAACAUCACCACCACCUCCAACAUCAACAACGUCACCACCACCUCCAACAUCAACAACGCCACCACCACCUCCAACAUCAACGUCACCACCACCUCCAACAUCAACAACAUCACCACCACCUCCAACAUCAACAACGUCACCACCACCUCCAACAUCAACAACAUCACCACCACCUCCAACAUCAACAACGUCACCACCACCUCCAACAUCAACAACGCCACCACCACCUCCAACAUCAACGUCACCACCACCUCCAACAUCAACAACGCCGCCACCACCUCCAACAUCAACAACGCCGCCACCACCUCCAACAUCAACAACGCCACCACCACCUCCAACAUCAACAACGCCACCACCUUCAACAUCAACACCACCACCUCCACCAAGUGAAAAAUGUCCAAACAUGACUGUAGAUCUUGACAACAGCACCUGUUCAAGCUGUCUCGAAGGACUUUACUGCUACAAGGGAGCCUGCGUGCCUUCAUACGACUGUCCGUGUGUAGUAAAUGGUGCUGUAUAUGAGCACGGAAGUAUUUGGAACGAGUUGUGCAAAACAUGCAUGUGCAUAGAUGGAAACGUUGAAUGCAUAAUGAAAACAUGUCCCGUUACAAGUCAGGAAGGAUGCCCGGUUGGUGAAUAUUACGUAUUGAAAGCGGACAGUUGCUGUGGAGAUUGUAUACCUUGCUGCAAUAACUCUCAGUUUAACUGCCACUCGAGCGGAUGUCAAUGCAUCCCAAAUUCCUGGGUGUGCGACGGCACCGAUGACUGCACAGGAGGAGAAGACGAGGACAACUGUGUCACUUCGACCUUGGUCUACUCAACUAGUCCACCAGUAACCACCACGGGAGAAAUCACAACCAUCAUAAUCACAACACCUCAGCCCACAACCUACACAACCGAACACACUUUCAGUACAAGUCAACCACCGGUUGGAACGACGACAAGGUGGUCCACAACCACUUCACCGCCAGAGGGCUGCAUUUACAUGGGCGUUUUCUAUCCCGUUAAUGGUUCCUGGCCAAGUGGUGUCAAUGGAUGCGGACGAUGCUACUGUCGUUCACAGGACACGGUCAAGUGUGACUAUUCAAACUGCGAGCAGACGUGCAUUGCUGCAAGUGACCAGCUGAAAAUGUUCGAUGAUCAGCAGUACCAAAUCGACUACUGUUCUCAUGUAUUGGCAAAGGACUGUGCAAAUAGCACCUUUGAAAUAGUAUACGUGCUCAAGUGCAGUGGCGAUGGAAAUAACUGCACUGGAGCGGUUCACAUUGCAACAAGUGAUACUGUCCUCGUGUUGGAGUCAAUCAAUUAUGUAAUUGUUAAUGAUAUCAGCUAUACAGCGGCACAAAUUCAAAUUGGCCUGCACAUAAAUGCCAUAAAUAUUUCUUAUGUCACUGACAGUCAGAUACUCGUGUCAUCCAGUCUUGGUUUCAAAGUAAUAUGGAAGAAUGGAUAUGAAACGCAAGUUGUGGUCGACGAAAGUCUGAAGGGACGUGUCUGUGGGCUUUGUGGAAAUGCCAAUGGCAACAAAAUGGACGACUUUGUCUUCAAGAACGGCACUGCAGCAGCAAACAUAAGUGACUUUAUAAAGAGCUGGGAGGUUGGUACAAAUCUGUGCACCAAACCUAAUACAACGUGCUUGGAUUCCAAGGAGGCAAUUGAAAUUUGCAAAGCCAUCUUUUCACCAGUAUUCUUAGAAUGUCAGGGUUGGGUGGAUCCAAACUUAUAUUAUAACCUUUGCCUCACGGACGUCUGCAAAUGCAUUGACGCAAAUGCAUCCAUCUCCGCUGCCAGCCAAUGCAAAUGCCCAUCAUUUGCCUCCUACACCCAGCAAUGUAUGAACCAGGGCAAGUGCAUUAAUUGGCGUGUCCCUGUCAACUGUCCAGUCAACUGCAAUAACAACAUGGUGUACAAGGAGUGUGCCUCCGGUUGUCCAAAGACAUGCACUAACAUCAACGGCCAGCCACAAAACAAUUGUGCUAUACCACUCACAUCUGGUUGCAUGUGUCCCGACGACAAAGUGUGGGACGGCCAUUCUUGUGUCGGAAUUGACUCUUGCAAUCCGUGCGUAUGUACUGGCUAUGGCGAUCCUCACUACAUAACAUUCGAUGGAAAAUAUUAUCCAUUCAUGGGGAAUUGUUCAUAUGUGCUUGUGAAUGACACCCUAUCUAAUGACCUCCUUAUAUACGCCACAAAUGAGUACUGUACUGCGUCUACGACAAUGACAUGUACUAAAUCGGUGACAGUGCUCUACAAAGGCAACAAAGUUACUUUGCUACUUAACAAGUACAUAAACGCCAACGGCGCUUUACUAAAGCUCCCACCUUCAAGGGUAAUAGGUAGCGUCAUCUUUGUACAGCUUGUUGGUCUGAUUGAAGUAUUAACCAUCCCUGAGAUUGGUCUGAAGCUAACAUUCACACCGAGUAAUAUGGCCUUCCGAAUUGAACUACCCCCAUCAAUUUGGUGGAACAGAACUGAAGGGUUGUGUGGCAGCUGUGAUGGCAAUCCAAGAGACGACUUCAUUACCAACAAUGGCAGUCUAGUGAAAGACAGUGACGAGUUUGGAUACAGCUGGGAAAUUUCACCGGACAACAAGACAAUUUGCUACCCACAACAACCUCAUAUAUGUAAUACUACUGACUGCUGUGUCAACGGAGCUCCAGUCAACGUCUGCGAUGUCAUUUACACCACAGCUUUCAAGGCCUGCCACCCAUUAGUGAAUCCAGAUGUGUACUACAACUCCUGCAGAUUUGAUGUUUGUAAGCUUGGUGGAAACCAGUCAGCAUGUGCUUCAUUAGAAGAGUAUUCCAAGGAGUGCCUAAAGGUUGGCAUUUGUAUCAAUUGGAGGAACUCUUCACUUUGCCCAUACGAAUGCCCAGCUCCAUACCAAUACCGACCAUGUGCCCCAACUUGUCCAAAGACCUGUGAUAACUACGAAAACUAUCAACCUUCAACUUGUGAUAGAAUUGAGGGCUGUAUGUGUCCAGAUGAUUACGUAUAUUACAACGACACAUGCAUAGCACCUUCAAGGUGUCCAAAAUGCAUUGGCAAUGACGGCACAGCAUACGCGCCAGGUGACAAGUGGUAUCCUGAUGGCAACAAAUGCACUGAGUGUGAGUGCAGCACAAUGGUUCCUGGUGGCUCAUAUACUGCACUUUGCAAAGCAUACAGUUGCCUUUUUGAAAAUGUCACUUGUGCAGAUGGCCAGAAGAAGCACAGUGUAUUGGACAGCAAUGGUUGCUGCAUGACAGACAUCUGCCUACCCUGCGAAGACAGCGACUGCAUAAACCCACCGCCCAUACCCACAUGUGACGUUGGCGAGGAGCUUGUCCUGCAAGAAGUAAAGGAAUGCUGCAAGAAAUACAAGUGUCAGUGCGUACCAUCCUCGUGCCAAAAUGAAGUACCCGUGUGCAUUGCUGACUACGUCCUCAACGUGAUUAACCCAUCAGCUUGCUGCAAGAUCUACAACUGUGUAUGCCCUGAAGUUUGUUCCAACAGCUCACAGCCUCCAACAGAUAUCCCAUUCGGCUACAAAGUCAUCAACAUAAAUGAAGGUGGAUGCUGCCCUGUCUAUCGCAUCGUCUGCGACAAAGAGAUAUGCAAGAGUGUACCUCCACCCGUGUGUAUUGCUCCUAAAAUUCUUCAUGUCACGGUUGAGCCUUGCUGCAACAAGACUGAGUGUGUUUGCCCUUCAUGCGACGAUGUGGUUGUUCCAGUGUGUGGACAAUACGAGGUGCUGCAGACCACUCCAGGGCCAUGCUGCAAUUCUUAUUCAUGCAUCUGCGAUUCCAGCAAGUGUCCAGUGUAUAAUAUCAGUUGCCAAUUAGUCAACCAGAUGGUGGUGGCUGGUGAGGUAGUGCCAUGCUGUGGGCCAAUUCCGGUAUGCCAAUGUAAACCUUCGUGCGCACCAUCGCAUUGUCCUGAAGAUUAUUUGUCCGUCGUCACAGGGCAAGACGCCUGUAAUUGUUCAAUUUACGAGUGCCGUCCACGGCAAUGCCUUUUCGAUGGCCAGAUUUAUCCUGUUGACAGCACAUGGGGAGUGGAUGUAUGCACAGUAUGCUUCUGUGAAGAGGUUGAUCAAAACUUCAGAAUACGCUGUGAAGUGGAGAGCUGCGCACCAUGUGGUCUGGGACUUGCAAACUCACCUAUUGCUGGCACCUGCUGUGGAGAAUGUGUGGAGGUGAACUGCACCACUUAUGACAAUGGUGUCAUCAAGAUGUAUCAGCCUGGCGAGCAAUGGAAUCCGGAUUUCGAGUCGUGCACAACCUGCAUUUGCGUGGAGUCUUUGGGGCAAGUGUCUGAGGUCUGCAACACCAUCCGCUGUGAUCCUGUCCCCGACGACUGCAAGCCGGAGAACAUUGUUCAAGAUGGAUGCUGCCUGAAAUGUCUCACAUACAACGAGCCAAACAUGACGUGUCAACCUGUUCUGGUAAACGGCAAGAGCACGGCAAUCAGCGCCGAAGGCUGCAUUAGCCACGAGUUCGUGGACGUGAUGGAGUGCGCGGGUACCUGCUCGGCCACCACCCUCUACUCUGCCGAGACUGACACUUUCGACCGCCGCUGCGGUUGCUGCGCUCCUGCCCUGACAGAGAAGCGCACGGUGCAGCUCUUCUGUCCCAAUGGCAGCCAAAAGACGCACAGUUACACUUAUGUGCAGUCGUGCUCCUGCCAAUACAGCCAAUGCCCCGAGUGAAAACAGAAAGUGUGACCCAACCGAACGGACUAAACGGACCGACCACAGACCUGAUAUUAGUGUGUCACAUGUAUGUAGUGUCAACGCUAAUAAAAUAUUAGAUGAAUUUUAAAUAGUAAAAUGACAGUUUUAAGUCCACGUAGAUGUAUUGAUAUAAAACAGUUGCACGUCAUUACAAAUGUUGCUUUUAGUGUAAUUGUAUGUAGUGUUCCAAAUUACCAAAAAUAAACGAUAUCCAGCAUUGUUGCAACAGAA